AUGGCUGCCAUUACAAUGAAAGAUUUUGAAAGUCAUCAAAAAAAAUUAUGUAUUGUUGCCAUAGUUUUCGCUUCGAUUGGCUUACUCCUUUUAUGUGUGGGCAUAGGCACAUCGUCAUGGCAUAUUGAUUACAAUACCGCAGGAACAUCAAUUCUAUGGUAUACAAAUUAUUUUUAUACAUGCUAUGCUGUGAAUGGUUCAUGUUGGAGUAAUCAAUAUUUGGCUUCAGUUGUCGAUUAUUAUUCACAACCAAUAACACAAUCUCCGGCAGUAUCAACUGAUUACUAUCUUCGAUUAAGGAAUGCAGCUGCCUUGGGCAUUAUUGGUUUGUUAUUCGUUUUAUUCGGUUUGAUCGCUACUGUGUUUUUAAUGAUACCUAGUUGGCAUAUUGUAAAAUUUGGUGGGCGUUCAAACUUAAUCGCUGCUCUUUUACUAGCAAUCGCUGCUCUAUUUCAACGUGCAGCUUUGUCUGAAGGCCAACAUCAAUUUUCUCAGAAUGGUUAUUCAGCAAGUCUAUACGAUACUGGUCAUGUAUUAACAAUUUUUACGGCAGCGAUCUGUGCAUUUGUGGCUGGAAGAAUUUAUUUUUAA